CGCCUCCUGAACGUCCUGCUCCCCCCAGAUGUUCAGCAACGUCCUCGUCUCCGCGUCCGACCACAGAAAGCCCCGCGUUGUGUUGUUGAGCAGCAUAGUCGAGCGUCGAGGAGUUGGGAUGGACGCCUGGCCUGCUUCUCGACCUGCCUGUCGUCUGCAAAAACCGCUAUCCGAGCGUUCGAGUGUCUUAAAAUGGUGAACGCGUAUGUAUUGUUGAAACGAGGGAGCAUUUGCACGUCGAGUCUCAGUGUUCUAGCUAAACAUUGCCAUGUUUAUCCCUUAACGUCGUUGGCAAAAAUGCACAAGCUGGGAAGUUUCACCAAAACUGAACAAGGACCAGCGGUCCAAACCAAUCCCAAUCGCAAACCUCAUUUCGGACAAUUUAGGAAACUGACCUCUGAUCGGUCCUCUGAGGGAGACUGCUCGCGUCCAACCCCGGGUUUACGCGGUGUCUGCGGGGUCCUAAAGACCACCGCGUCACUCAUCCGAGCUAACAACAUGGGCGUUAAGGUGUCAUUACUUCGACAAAACGGAACACGUUCAGCGAAUUCAACAAAAAGACAGCCGUAACACGGAAAUGAGAAUACGUUGCAAAAUAUGCUCUCACUUUACCUUCCGUGUUCAAACAGAACAAUGUGGCGAGAAUCGACACAGUUACGGUGACAAACAAGAAGGCGAGCUUCUGAACGGGCUGCGGCAUGUUGUCAUUCAUUGUUUACUGACAUGCUAGCCGCAGACACGAAGCUUCUUUUUUCUUUUUUUCCCCCAUGCGGUGCACACACUUCUUACCUAAACUCGAAGUGCGUAUCAACGCUGUCAACUGUACACAAAUACGUCUGCUCAUGAGGCUUUCCUUAGCCACAGCAAAUGCAGGAAGAAAUAGUUCACGGUGCCUUUAUGACUACUCGGAAAAUCCUAAAUCCUCUCAAAAGCUGUCGUAUCUAUACGACAAUUGUAGGACAUCAUGCGAGAAAUAACUCCUUUUCUUUGGUCAUUUAUUGUUCAGUAUAUACAGUGAGACUUCAUAGUGGGAAAUACUAUAUAAUAGAUACAUCUAUAUUAUAAUACUUGCUAGGUACAAAUCAGUACGUAUGUACAAUGUUGUCAGCGAAAUCUGUAAAACUCGCGAGGCUUCAGUUUAGUGAGCAUUGAAGGAUGACCGCCAUAAGUAUGUUUUUCUUUUUCUUUCGAUUUUUUUUAUGGGGGUGACGACAGCACACCAGGGGAAAACCGCCACCAAUCUGUCUUGACGAAUUCAAUUAUGAAAUAUAAUUCUUAAUAAUUUUAUUAAACCUGAUAAAUAAUGAUUUAUUUACACGUGUUAUUUAAUUGUAGUUAUUUAAUGACAUUUUUUUUUAUCAUUAUAUGUCCACGGCCAGGGUGACCUGGAGCUUAUAUCCCAGGUGACUUUGGGCUCGAUUCGAAAAUGUUAUUUAUUUAACUAUAAAAUAUUUUUAGAACUAUAUAUCAAGGCAUUUUUUUUUUUUUUUUACAUUUUAUUUCAUGGCGUAGCAUGAAAACGUGCUAUAAAGUGUUUUUCUAAAGGCCUUUGGGAAGGGGGGACGGUACCACGGUUGAACCUGCGAGGCGUGAUUGAGGGCAAAGUUUCCCCGAGUUUCACUUCCUGGUUUCGAGCUCACUUCUCGUCGCAACCGCUCAAAAGCGCGAGCGCAGAUUUCAGCAUGAGCCACUUUGAAGUGAAGUCAAGUCUCACCAUUUCCAACUUUUACACGUAAAAAAAAAUUCAAUAAAAAUUAAAAAUUAAAUUAAAAAUGGCUUUGAUCUGCUUUACGCUCUCGACGUUUAUGAGCUAGACCGCCAGUUGUCUUUAUCGUAACGUAACAGAGCGUGACUUCCGGGGGGGGCGAACGUUCAACAUGCCCGAGUCUUCGAAGAUGAGGAAGCCCGAUGUGAAAGUGGUUCUCCUGGGCGACAUGAACGUGGGCAAGACGUCUCUUCUUCACAGGUACACGGAGAAGAAGUUCAAAGACACCAUCAGCACCGUCGGAGGGGCGUUCUUCCUCAAGCAGUGGGGACCCUACAACGUCUCCAUAUGGGACACCGCUGGCCGGGAACAGUUCCACGGCUUGGGCUCCAUGUACUGUCGCGGUGCCGCCGCUGUCAUCCUAACUUACGACGUCACCAACUGGCAGAGCCUGGCCGAGCUGGAGGAGCGCUUCCUGUCCCUGACGGACACGGCCAAUCACGACUGUAUUUACGCCGUCGUGGGCAACAAGGCCGACCUGACGGACACUAAAGCACAGCUGUCUCAGGAGACGAUGGACGCGAAUCCAACGGAAUCCGAGGAGGACAGAUCAGAUUUGCUGUCGGCUUGCCCCACGCCCCCCGCCUCGCCCGUGUUCAUCCCCAGCGUCACGUUUCCCAAGCAAGUCACCCGUGAGGACGCGUUGGCUUUCUACGGGCGGAUACUUCGCUACAAGGGCUCGGACGAGAAGAGCAGCCUGCCCGCCGAGAAGAUGUGCUUCGAGACCAGCGCCAAGACCGGUUACAACGUGGACGCUCUGUUCGAGGCGCUUUUCGAUCUGGUGCUGGCCUCCAUGCUGAGAAAGAGGAACGAGAACCAGCAGUCUGCCACCGUGGACUUGGAAGUGUGCAGAGGCGGCGGCAAACGGAGCCGAUCGGGCUGCUGCUAGGACCCAAUGAGGAAGACCCACAGGGAGACUUUUAACUUUCGACUGAGAAUGUGAAUUAACAAAGAAACCACUAGCCUUUGUCACCUUAAAACCUUCUUACUGUGAAGCAGAAUCAUUUGGUAUUUGGAAGUGUUCCAGAUCUGAAAGUGGAUGUCUGUGGACAAUAAACACACUUCAGAAUCCAGAAAUGAAAUUUUCAUCAACCUCAUAGAGCCAACUGCACUAAUUGUUAUGAACUAGGUAGCACAUUACACUGUCUUUAAUAAUACUUUCAUUUGAAAAUUUCCAGGGAUCAGAUUUAAAUGUACCUUCAUUAACACAGAAUAUAUAUAUAUAUAUAUAUAUAUAUAUAUAUAUAUAUAUAUAUAGUGUGUAACUUGUCAAUUUGUCAAUGACCGUACAUUAGUCAUGUUUAAUUUUUAAGUCAUAAUAAAGAUUUUUAUUUUGCUGUGA